CCCACGCCAUCGCGAUCCCCCACCCCCGAAUCCCCCACCCCGCCAUGCCCGACUCCGCCGAUCCCCUCACCUCGCCGGAUCCGGACAUGCCGCCGCGGAAGCCCCUCACCGGCGGCAAGCUAAGGAAGCCCCUCACCGAGAAGCAGCGCGCUGCCGCGGAGCAGCGCCUGGCCCACCUCCGCGCCCACCUCCAACUCCGCCCCCUCGACUGCCCCGCCGCCGGGGCCCCGGCCCUCCCGCCGCCCCACGAGGCGGCCCUCCGCGCGCUCGGCCUCCUCGACUUCGCCCGCCUCGACCUGCACUCCGACGCCCCGCGGCCCGACCUCGUUGCCUCGCUUGUCGCCUACUACGACCCGGUGUGCAAGCGCAGCUUCGUCCGGGGCGUCCGCGUCGGCGUCUCCCGGCGCGACCUCGCCUGCGCGCUCUCCCUCCCGCCGAAGCCCGCCUCCUCGGCGGCGCCGCCGCCCGAUGUGGACCCUGCCGCGGUGGCGCCCGCUGUCAUGCAGCUCCUGCAGGAUUACGUCCUGCUUCCGUUCCAGGGCGAUGACAUGUGUAUACUGCCGCAGGAGGUCGCCGCCGCGGAGCAGGCUGUCAGGGAGGGGUUAGCGCAUAGGGUUGACUGGGCGGGCCUGAUCUGGGGCCUCGUGGAGAAGGAGUUAGUUGAGCUUCCCAAGAGGGACGACGGGGUUUGCUACUUCGGGCUGCAUCUGCAGAGGCUCAUUUGGGCGCAGAAGCCGAACCUGUUUGAGCCGUUGGACGCUGGGGAGAGAGGGGAGGCUGUCCCAGAGGCGUCUGCGGAUGUGGAGAUGGACGAGGAGGAUGGGGAUGCUGAUACAGAUGUGAAAAGCAAGAGCUUGGAGGAGCUGGAGGUGGGGAAUACAGAUGCAGAUGCGGAUAUGGAUGUGGGGGGCAAGAGCUUGGAGGAGUCGGUAUUGGGGAAUGCUGAUGUAAAGAGUGGGGGCUUGGACGAGUUGGAGAGGGAGGAUGCUGUUACAGGGGAUGAGGUCUUGGAGGGGUUGGGUUUGGGCAAUGCGGAUGCCAGGAACAAUAUAGAGGAAUUGGAGGCAGUAGAUGAAGAUGCAAGGAGCAAAAGCUUGGAUAAAUCUGAUGAGGCUGUUGAUGAGGAUGUUAGAAGCAAGAGCAUAGAUGAACCGGAGGUGGUGGAUGAGGAUGUGAGCAAGAGCUUAGAUGAAUUGGAGGAAGCGGAUGAGGGUGUUAAGGGUAGGAGCUUAGAUGAAUCAGGGAUGGUGGAUGGGCAUGCAAAUAGCACAAACCUGGAUGGAUUGGGUUUGGGGUUUGUGGCAGUUGAAGCAGUGCCUGCUGAGGCGAUGCCUCAUGACAAAGAGGACGUGGGGAAUGCAGAACCAGCAGGGGCUGAUGAUGUGGUAGUGGCUGCAGAAGAGGACAGAGAAGAGCCCUUGGUGGAGACAGUAGUUGUGACACAGGAGGAAGUGGUGGCUGUAGCAGAGGAGGUGGGAGAUGACGAGGGUGGGGGGGACGAAGAGAAGGAUGCAAUGGGCUUGAGCUUGGGUUUUAACUCUACAAACGGUUAUGAUAGUAUGGACGUGGAAGAGGAAACACAUGUUGAAAAUCUGGAUGAGGGCGACAGUGACAAUGAAGAGGCGGAGGAGUCAGAGGAUGAUGCAUUUGAGGAGGAUAAUGGUGGAGAGGACAUGAAUUGGAGAAUUGGGGAUGACAACGGGGAUGAGGGAAUGACACACUCCUUGCAGCGCUGUAAUACAUUUGGAGGCAUGGAGUUUGAGAAUUUGAAUAAAGGGGAGUCUGAGAUGAGGGAUGAGUUGGGCUUUGAUGAUUUCUCUACAAGGGGAUCUUUGGAAAGGAUGACAUCAUCAAACCUCCUCCAGGCUAUGAACUCAAUUCCCUCAUCGUACAACAUAACAGAUAAUGUGCAUGGCCUACCUGGGGAAUUCUUGUCUAUGGGGGCUGAUGCACAUAAGAGUGGAGUAGACCUGGAACCAGGGAGCUCAUAUUUAUUUGGGAAUAAUGGCAAGAGGCACAUUGGUGAUAUUGAUGGGUACAAUGGCAAUAUGCAGGCACAAGAGCAGUUUCCUCAGUGCAAUCAGCAAAAGAGGAUGCGCCAUAGCAACAGUAGCAGCAUAUCACCUGGAUCAGGCUUUUUCAAUGCAAACUUUUCAGUACCUAUACAGAACUUGAUGGCUGAGGCAAGCAAGCUCUAUGAGCAGAAGGAGCAAGAACUUCAAAGUUUGCAGUUUGAGAAACAACAUUGGUCUGACAUGCUGCAGCAGAAAGAAACACUUAUCCAAUCCCUAAACUCAGCUCGGUUUGAGCAACAGAAUAAGUAUCAAGCGGAGCUUAGACGCUUCGAGCAUGAUCUGAAUGUUAUGGCCCAGUUGGUCACUUCCUACAAAAAAGCUUUGAAACUGACCCGAGCUUCUUUUGAUGAGUACAGGAAGAAAUUCCCUUGUAACAAGCCUCUUUAUGGCGACGUUACUGGUGGUGGUGGUCUUGUUCUUACUGUAAAGGAGUUGGAGAGGAUUCGGUGUGAGGAGCAGCAGCGAAAUCUUGCUGCGGCAAAUGAAAUGAUUGACAACUUCCAGCGUGAAUGGUUCUCAAAGCUCGACGAGUGGAGCCUUUCUGUCAACUCACUGUGGAGCAGAAUGGAGGGAUUGUACAAGGAGAUUGAUCUUCUCAAGGAAAGCAGAAGAGCAAGAUUUGCUACCCCAGCUACAGAGGAAUGAGUUUCCUGACGGUCAGAGGUUCAGCUGUGAAGAUGGCUCCAAGUUACUGCCUUACCCUUUUGCAUAUGUUUUGAUGUCAACGAGAACACAUCAGCAGUUGUGGCUACCUGGUGGUCCUGUUGUAAAGAUAAAUCAUUUCGCAUGUAACUUGGAUGUAUCCUCAUAUGGGGACGCUUUGAUGAUUCGUGCUUAAUUUAGAUGCACUUAGGGUUUCUUAAUCUAUAACGAAGUGUGCAUUCAUAUCC